AGCUUGCAAUCUCCAAAGAAAAGACGCCAUGUGGAAUCACUGAAUGCAAUAAAUCAAGCUACCCCAUCUCAAAGCUUUGAUAAAAGAAGAAUGGAUUUAUUUAUUUAUUCAUUGUUUACUGUUUCCUGGGCAGCAUGGAUCAAAGAAUUUAUUACAAGCAGUACCCUGUAGUUGUUGGCAUACAUUCAUUUCACAGAGAGAGAGAGAGAGAGAGGAAUACCACUUUCACAUAUCAUUCACACAGAAUUUAUGUCCGUUGGACAUAAUUUCCUUCUUGGGUCUUUCUCUUCUAGUCAUCUUCCUAAAAGCGUCCAACAUAAACUCAUUUCCUUAGUUCUGUUUGUCAAUCUAGGAUUUCAGUCUCUGUUUCACUCUGUUUCUCCUUCUUAAUUUCUUGGAGCUUGCACUUUUUUUAUUUUUUUUUGCAACCGCUGUGAAACUAGCUCAGCAAUACAAUAUUCGGCAAAUCUUGUUUUGGAGAUUGUGAGGUUAUACGGGGUUAUCUUAUUCUGCUGUUUCUGACACCAUGAAGCAUUGACAAGAGGAGUAGAAUUUUUCAAAAUGGGGUGGUGUGAUACGUUUUUGCUUUUCUGGUUUACAUGGAGUUUCUUUGUUCUGGGUACAAAUCAAUUGCAGCCCUCUCAAACCCAAGUGCUUCUCCAACUUAGAAAGCAGUUUGAGUACCCACCACAAUUGGAGAUUUGGAAUGAUCAUACCAAAGAUUUUUGCCUUUUAUCUUCAUCAAAAGUAAACAUCACAUGCCAAGACAAUUUUGUAACUGAGCUCCGAAUUAUGGGUGAUAAGCUUGCAAAAGUAAGCGGCUUUAAUGGGUUUGCAAUUCCCAAUCAAACCUUGUCGGAGAGCUUCUCUGUGGAUUCUUUUGUGGCCACCCUGGCGAGGCUAACCAGCUUGAGAGUUCUUAGUCUGGUAUCUUUGGGCAUUUGGGGUCCAUUUCCGGACAAAAUUCAUCGAUUCUCUUCUUCACUUGAAUAUCUUGAUUUGAGUUCAAAUUUUCUUUUUGGUUCGGUUCCUCCGAAGAUUUCUACAAUGGUGAAGCUUCAAACUCUUAAACUGGACGAUAACUUCUUCAAUACUACCGUCCCCACUUGGUUUGAUUCAUUAUCUAAUCUGAUAGUUCUAAGCUUGAGGAACAACCAGUUUAAAGGUCCCUUUCCAUCUUCAAUUCUGAGUAUCACUACUCUCACUAAUCUUAUCAUGUCUAGCAAUGACAUUUCUGGGGAAUUACCAAGUCUCAGUACCUUGAGUAGCCUACGCGUGCUGGAUUUAAGUGCAAACAAAUUGCAUUCUGUGCUAACUGAUAUGCCGGAAGGAUUGGAAUUGGCUUUCCUAAGUAAUAACUCCUUCUUCGGAAACAUUCCUAGGCAAUAUGGCCGAUUAAGUCGGCUUCAACACCUUGACAUGUCACUCAAUGUGCUUGGGGGGCUACCUCCUGCUGCACUUUUCUCUUUACCCAAUAUUAGCUAUUUGAAUAUUGCAUCAAACAUGUUUAGUGGGAUAUUUCCAGACCACCUAAGCUGUGGUAGCAAACUUGAGUUCGUUGAUAUCUCUAACAAUAGGUUAAUGGGUGGACUGCCUUACUGCUUGAGCGCCAACUCAGAGAAUAGAGUGGUUAAGAUUGAUGGGAAUUGCUUAUCCAUUGACAUGAGGCAUCAACAUGCAGAACCAUAUUGUGAGGAAGUCAACGUGAAUAAACAAUCCAAAGGCAAAAAUGCUGGAAUUUUUGUGGGUGUAAUUGUAGGAAUCUUCGUGCUCGUGGUGCUUCUGGCUUUUGGCUCGCUUUUCUUGUGGAGAACGUAUUGUCCCCGGGGGUUAUCGGAGCAGCAUGUGUUGCAGAAAGCACUGAAAGAUAGCUCGGCAGCUGGGUUCUCCUCUGAGCUUCUAGCAAAUGCAAGAUUUGUUUCUGAAGCUGCAAAGUUAGGCAUGCAAGGUCUCCCUGAGUGUCGGUCUUUUACUUUAGAAGAGUUAAAAGAAGCUACAAACAACUUUGAUAACUCUGCCUUUAUGGGAGAAGGAUCGUGUGGAAAGCUUUACAGAGGAAGAUUAGGGAAUGGGACCCUAGUUGUUAUUAGGUGUCUGCCUUGGUCAAAGAAGUAUUCAAUUCGAAAUCUGAAACUCAGGUUGGAUUUGCUAGCAAAGCUUCGUUACCCACAUUUGGUUGGCCUUUUGGGGCACAGUGUUGAUGUUAGUGGAACAGAUGAUUGCAGUGUGAAUAAUGUCUUCCUCAUAUCUGAAUAUAUGUCCGGUGGGAGUUUUCGUACUUAUCUUGCAGGGAAUAGCUGCAGAAAGGUUUUCAAUUGGUCAGAGAGAUUGGCAGUUCUAAUCAGUGUCGCCAAGGGUGUGCACUUCCUACAUACUGGAGUUAUUCCUGGUUUCUUCAAUAACAGAUUGAAGACAAAUAAUAUCCUGCUCAAUGAGCAUUGGGUGGCAAAGUUGAGUGACUAUGGAAUGUCCAUUAUCUUGGAGGAAACUAACAAAUUUGGGGCAAAAGGAGAAGGUCAUAAAUCAUGGCAAAUGACAAAAUUAGAAGAUGAUGUUUAUAGCUUCGGAUUCAUAUUACUUGAGGCACUUGUUGGACCUUCCAUAUGUGCUAAAAGAGAGGAAUUCUUGCUAAAUGAGAUGGCAUCUUUGAACAGCCAGGAUGGCCGGAAGCGUAUAAUUGAUCCAAUUGUGCAAACCACUUGCUCGCAGGAAUCCUUAUCGGCUGUGAUUUCCAUAAUGAACAGAUGUAUUUCUCUCGAGUCAUGUAGUCGUCCCUCUAUUGAGGAUGUCCUUUGGAACUUACAGUAUGCAUCUCAAAUUCAGGCAACAACAGGUGAUGGUGAUCAUAGAUUCAACACUAGUACUGCAUCACACCAAUGAUUUUUCUGCUUUUUAUUUUAUAUUAUUUUGUUUUUGUCGGCAUGGAGGUGUGUUAAAUAUAUUCCAAACUCUCGAGGCCAUAUGAAAUGCCUCCACCUCCAUCUGCGCCAACCUGAUAUGUGUUGUUUGAUUUGCAUUGCAGUAAUUGUAAUAUAGAAUCAGUUUACUAUGUCGUCUUUGUAGUUUUCAUCAA